GCUGUCUUUCGCCUUUCUCCAUCCACUCCUGGGAGAGCUUUACCCGCUCCACCAGUGAUUUCUGAGUAGCACAGGAUCUUUUUUUCUGUCAGAAAAGCCAACUAGAUGUUGGGCAGAUCACAAGGGAAACGCUGUCUGCCUCAUUAUGGAGCUGCAAUCUGUUCCUUCUCCACCCCUCCCCCGCUUAUAUUCUUCUCUGGGGAAUUACCCUUCCUUUUCAAUCUGAUGGUUUAAUCUCUCACUGCUCUCUGCCUAUGUACCCCUCAUUUCCUUUGCCAGAGCUACUGCUCUCACUUUUCCCUCUCCUUGCUUCCAGGAUGAGGCACUUCCAUGGCACUGUGCUCAGAGAUGUAUUUGCCCACCUCAGGCCCACCACAGCUGGAGGAGAAGAGAGACCUUACCAGUGCAUGGCAGGUGCAAAUGCUGCCGCAAGUCUGAACGCCUCCUUCCCUUCCACGGUGCUCUGUGAAGCUGGCAGCCCAUGGCUUGGAUGGGUACACUCUUAGUUGGCUGCAUUGGUAUGAAAUUCCAGAGGCCUGGAGUUUUGCAACACUCUCUCUCAUGAAGGACACCUCUGGAAAACCACCCGUACUGCAGGGAGGAUCCUGCCAGCACCACUGGCAAUGCCAGGGCAGCCAUCUGCUGCAGGUGACCAUCCUCCCCUGCUGCUCCUCCCAGCAGGCACUCAGAGCCUUGUUGGGCUGUGCGCAAAGGAAAUGUUCUCCUGGGGUUCCCUGCUGUGCUCAGAUUUGCUCCUGAAGCAAGAGAUGUAGUGACCUCAACUUCAACAUGGAUAAUUACAACUGUAGUUCCUGCCCCUUCAGUGACGCAGGGAGGAGGUCUGAUUUGGAGAGUGAAAACAGCUUGCUACUUGGAGUGCAGACUGCAAAAGAACAAAGCUCUAAGGACUGUUCCCUAUGCUGUGCCCCACAAGAGAGGCUAUUGAGCCAAAACGCUGGCCUCACAGAGCAUCCUGCUAUGCUCAACAGUUUCCUUGUGAAAUUCUUUUUAUCUGUGCCCCAGAGCCUGGUUUUCUGGGUGCUGGCCCUUUGGGAAUGAUGGGCCGGGAGGCAAGCACUUGGGGUAUUUACUCCUUCCCGUUUGGAAGGAGUAUUGUGUUCUUUUCACAGGGAUUCUGGUACAUCCUUCUGAUAGACAUUAAUAACAUUAAUAGCCAUUGCUGUGGAAGAAGAGUGGAGUCUGUUUUAGUCAGGUGCACAUCAGUCACGUAUUUAUGUUUUGCAUAUGUCACAGGUGACAUGAAAGGAAGAAAUCCUUAUGAGCCAAUGUUCCUGCGUGACUUUCAUGGGAAAUGAGUUCUGGCUGCACAGAAGCAUGUUUCUUGUGGCAGCUGAAUGAAGAGUUACACUCAGAUGCUCAGAAAAGUGGGAUGACAUCAUGUAAUCUGUACAUCUUGUGAAGAUAAAUCAAUGCUGCUAUUCAUUAAAAUAUAUGCACUUGCAGUGGCUUCUUUGGCAGACUGAUUGUAAUAAAUAAUCUUAAACUAAGUGAAGGUCAGAAAUCCUGGUAGGAAGGAGCUCUGUAACAACAUGCUUGAAAACCAGGCUCAGUUGGAACAAUUUCUAGCAAAAGAGUGAAAGUGUGGGUUCAACAUUUUUAGGUUCUCAAUUAAAGGAUGAUCAUCACAUCAGCAACGUGUCAGACUCAUCAGCCUGUUUUCCAGGAAUCGUCACUCUUGUCCAAAGGACAGCAGGAAGCCCCUAAAUAAUGUGACAGAGAUGAAGAGUGACAUCUCUCUGUGUGCUCGUGGCGAUGGGUCCUUCUUUCGGCUGGGGCCUCUAGGCACCGCUACAGAUAGCAAACACGGCUUCCCCUUUACAUUGAUCUCCUUCAUCUCCAUCCAUGCUGCAGCAUCUGCAAGUGGAAUUUCAGAGCCCGUGAGGAGCUGCUGCCUUUUGCCGCCCCGGGAUCCCAGCAAGGAAUGGGAAUCUGAUGGAUUGCAAAUGCGCCUGCUUGGUUUAACCCCCAGCCAACCAGAUAAGUGCCCUUUUAAUUUUCUCACAGUCGUGCUUUAGCCAUAUCUGUGCACAAAACAUCUCUCUUCCCACUGAUUUUAAUUCGUCUUCACAAACGAAUGCUCUGUGCUUCUCUCUUCUGCUCAGAAAUCCCAAUAGCAGACAGCGGUGUUCGAUGAGUGCUCUUAAUUGCCAGGAGCUGCUGCAGCCCAGGGCUCAGGGUGCUGCAGGUCGGUGGCAGCCCCAGCCUCGGGCAGCCCCAUGAUGUUGUGGGCAGCGGCUCCAUGGCGCUGCUGCCGCGACCCAUCAGUCCGUGCAGUCCUCUGGGGCUCAUUAGGGGCUUAAUAACCUCACUUGGCUGGCUUGAUAGGAAAGAUGCUUGUGCAGGCUUGGCGUGAUCUCAGAGAAAGCAGCUAACGCCACUGGAAGGAGAGGGCUUUGUGCAUGUGCUGUUCAUCUGUGUGAUAGGGGAGAAGUGAUAGCCCCCGCUUCCUCCAGCAGGGAGAUGAGCAAGGAUGUGGGGCAGAAGCCCUCAGUUACAGUGGGAUUGUAUGGGGCACGCAGAGCGUUGUCGUGGGUGAGCAGCAGCGGGAAAUGUCCCUUCAGAACCGCGGGGACAGAGAAUGCAAUCUGUCAGCAAAAUGAGUUUGGGUUUCUGUAGGUGACUGCUGCCUGCUGACCGACAUGCUGACACAAUUAUUAAAUAAUUUGAGGAAACAAGAAGAUGUGGUUCUCUUGUAAAGUCUCUCUUUCAAUAGCACGCAGUCAUGAGGCUGGGACAAAUGUUUGCUGUACCUGUGACUGACAGCAUUAGAACGAAAAAACACAGAGGCAGAGUGUACAAGGGAGGGGAUGUAUGGCAGGCAGGAGAAUCACUCCAAAUCACUCCAUGUCUGUCUUGUCUGCUCUAGCAGGAUUGAUUAGUAUCAUAAAAUGCCCCUCUUGCUGUUGGGGUAACUACAAACAUGUUUGCUAUAGCAAAUUAGGCUGUGCUACUUGAUGUGAAUUUGCCUUACCUACCUAAGUGGUUAGAGAGUUUCCUGAUGAAGACAUCAGCCCAGAACAGAGGGAAAGUGGAGAAUGAUUCCCUGCCACAAACUGACCCCGAGCACAAUCUGUGGACUCCGUGUCCUGUCACUGACAGCCUGGAAACGAGGCUCAUAACACUGCUGUCCUGGCAGCCAAGGGCCACUGAGUCGUGGGGGGGACAAGGGCUGGAGGGAUGGAGUGGGAGUUCGCUGCAGCACAAGAGCUGGAUCAAAGUCAGCCUACUUGAUCCCUGGAGUGUCUGCAGUUCUCUCUUUUCUUGGAAAAGCUCCUUGUUCAUGCUGUUGUUACCCAGAAAGGUUUUCAUAUUAAUAGUACCAAAAGCAUCUCCGAUAUCACUGACUGUCUGCUCUCUAUCUUGCAAUUGAUAGCAAUAGUUAUCCUUGGCUCUUCAGUGAUCUGAUAAUAAAAUGGCUUGACAUUAUAUUAAGAAACACUGAUGAAACAAAGGCUUUGUGGUAAAGUGCAGUCAGGGCUCUUUCACUCAUCAAAGAUGAAUAGGAAAUUGAAACAUAUCAUUUGUGUACCUCAAUUAACAGGGCUGUUUGCUCCUCUGAAAAAAGAAUAAUAUAAAAAAUAAUGUAAGUGAUUUCCAAGGUCUUGAUUGCUAAGUUUGCAACUUGAAAUAUCCUUUCUGCCGCUGUGCCAAUAUCGAUGCUUACCCAACUUAGGCCCCAUUACAUCAACCUGCAGUUUGUUUGCUGGGUGGAUCUCGAGGUAGAGGAGGACUCCACAGAUCUUGACAAAUUGCUGCAAAAAAUCUUGUCCUGAAUGGAAGAGCCCCAGAUCCCUCACUCUUUCCUCGUCUUACAGGUGAACCUUGAAGACGGCUGAGGCGCUGUGUAUCUCCUAAAUGCAUGCCCUUCCCCUGGGGAUAGAAAAGCAGCCAUGAGGAAAGACAAGAAAAAAGAGGAGGCUGUCUUUCUGAGGAAAAAGAUAACUUUGCUGAGGGCUUUCUCGCUUCUCAUCGGCAGCAUGGUUGGCAGCGGCAUCUUCAUCUCCCCCAAAGGAGUGCUGAAAAACUCGGGCACUGUGGGGUUCUCCCUGGUGGUGUGGUUUGCCUGUGGGCUCCUCUCCAUGUUCGGUGCCUUGUGUUAUGCAGAGCUUGGAACAAGGAUCACCAAGUCUGGAGGACAUUACAUCUAUAUUUUGGAGACCCUGGGGCCUCUGCCAAGUUUCUUGUUUCUGUGGGCAGAGUUUUUUGCUAUCAGGCCCGCCAACAGUGCUGUGGUCUCUCUGGCAUUUGGUCGCUACCUGCUGGAGCCAUUUUUUGCCCCCUGUGCAGCGCCCGUCCCUGCUGUGAAGCUCGUCUCUCUCCUGGGCUACUACGCAGUCCUCACCCUCAAUUCCUGGAGCGUCACCUGGAGCGCACGGCUGCAGACGGCUCUCUCCGUCGUCAAGCUGCUGGCCCUCAUGCUCAUCAUCGUGCCAGGGAUGAUGCUGCUGGCCCAGGGCCACACCAAAAACUUCCAGGAUGCUUUUGACAGGCAGUCGCUGGUUCCAGAUAAGCUGCCCUUGGCUUUUUAUGCAGGCAUGUUCGCAUAUUCAGGCUGGUUCCAGACCAGCUUUGUGCGUGAGGAGUUGGUCAGACCCGAACGAAACAUCCCCCUGGCUGUCAUUGUGUCUGUGAUCACCGUCAUUGUGGGGUAUAUGCUCACCAACAUCUCCUAUUACACUGCCCUGGGAACACAAGAUGUUCUGGCUUCUCCAGCUGUUGCUGUGAGUUUUGUGCAGCAAGCCUGCACAAACCUUAUUUCAGUGGUCCCUGUCCUCGUUGCACUGUCCUGCUUUGGCACCAUGAAUGGAGGAAUCCUCACAUUUUCCAGGACACUGUUUGUGGCCUCCAGAGAAGGGCAGUGGCCUCCUCUCUUCUCCAUGAUCCACAUUCGAAGACAUACACCCCUUCCUGCUGUCAUGCUUAUGUUCCCUUUGGUUACUGCCAUGGUGUGUAUUGGAGAUAUCUACCAUCUACUGAACUUCUUCAGCUUCUCCCGAUGGCUCUUCAUAGGAUUAGCCACUCUUGGGCUCAUUGUCCAUCGCUACCGUCACCCGGAGCUGCAAAGCCCAUUCAAGGUCCCCCUGUUUGUUCCAGUCUCUUUUACCAUCAUCUGCCUCUUCACAGUAGCAAUGUCUAUCUACUCAGACCCUGUAAACAUUAGCAUUGGAUGCACCAUGGUUUUAAGUGGCUUUCCAGUCUACUACCUCGUAAUCCAUAGGAAAAUGUCAAAUCGCUGCCACAGACUGCUCUAUUAUCUUACACACAAACUGCAGCUACUGUUGGAAGUAGUCCAACAAGAAAUCAAGACAUACUGAGGAAACCAUCAGAACUUACAGGAGAAGAUAUAAUCUACUUGCUACACGCCUGAUGCCUUUGAUCCUUCCAAACACAAGCCAUGCUCUUAUUCAUUUAAUCACUGCAAAUGAGGAUGAGCCUGAGCCAAAACCUUGCUGCAAGCAGCCCUAAGCUUGCCAUUUGGGAUCUGAUGAGCAAGUCACAGUUGCUUCAGCCCUUUUCUUUUUUAGCAGAACAAUCUACUUCUCUGAAAUAAGCUUUCCUUGCUUUCAGAGUGUCUUUGAAACAAAGAUCCAGAUUCUGCAGUCUAGCCCAAUCCUCAGCAAAUUAUAUAUUAUUUUUUAAUUUCCUAACUUGGCAAAUAGAGAGCCUACAGCAGAACUAGAAUCUGGCUACAUGGAAGUCAAGCACAGGAUUUAAACUGAAGUCUAGGUCAGGCUGAACGGGGCUCUGAGCAAUCUGAUCUCACUGUCGGUGUCCCUGUUCACUGCAGCGGCAUUGGACUAGAUGACCUUUAAGGGUCUCCUCCAACCCAAGCCAUUCUAUGGUUCUAUUAUUCUAUGAAAUCUGUAGCACCAUGUGGAAUGAUGCUGUGGGGAAAGAUUAUAGAGGGAAAUGGGCAAGGAGUGCAAACCGGAGAUGAAGUACAUGUGGAUGAAAGCAGGAGGUGGGGAGGAUAAAACUUCACUCACCAGGAAGCAAAGAUUUGGGUUAGUGGGAAGAUAUUUGAAAAGCAUUUGAAAUUCAAAUAACGAGCUAAGAAAACUCAGAAUGCUUUAUUUAUUGUUGUGUAAGUGAAAUAACUCUAUUUUGCUUCAAAAUAAUGCUUCAAUUUUGAAUUUUAUUGCUUUGAAAUGAUAUUUCAAAAUGUACUGACACAGUAAAAAAUGUAUAUUAAAAAAAUAGCUAACUACCCCAAAGCAGAGUUCAGAAUAGGCUUUGAUUCUUUCCCAAGGACCCCACCUCACCUGGUACCACCAGUGAAGCUGGAAAUUCAGCUUUUGUCCCAACAGCAGUGAAAUAUGAUUAUCCUUUUGUUAGACAAGAGCAGUAAUGAGUCGUGGGCAGAUUCCUUAUGAAGUGUACCUUUUGGUGCUGUCGGAAGACAUGAAAGACUUCAGGUCUGAGCUUCAACUUCAGAUCUACAACCAAAGACUUGCUGAAUCAAUACAGAAAUGCUCAUUUGAACUACUGGCAUCAGAAAGGUUUCUGUUGUUGAAUUACUUCGGUUUACAUUAUGAAUGUUGUGAAGUUAAAGAGAUAAAAAGCACAAUUAGCUAUUUCCAAUCACUUAAGUGUUAAUCUUUUCCUAGAAGAUUGGAAGCAGCAUCCUGAGCCUCAUCUGAUGGCCCUGGAGAGAGCAAGAGCAGAAUGUGAAGCAUUUGUAAUCUACCAAGCAUUCAUGCACUUAGAGUAAUGCCAAAGUAGCAUUUAUUUACCAAAACAUGUAAAAUGCACAGUCAAGGACUAGAAAUAAAUAAAGGCUUUGUUUUUUUU